UGUCACAAACAAUCUGCAUCUCAGAUAACACAAUACAGAGGACACCAUCAAGAUGGCGAGGCUGGUUUUGGCAACAACGACACUGCUUCUGUCGUCCUCUCUCGCCGUGUUCGAGCCUGGCUGCAGCUUCAUGAACAACCAAUGUGUCUACAACGUCAAACUGGGACAUGAGGGUAAAUGUGAUGCCCAUGGAACAGCGACCACUACCGGAGGGGGGACCAACACCUGCUGUAAUGGCGUACAGGGCAAUAUGAACAAUCUACAGGGCGUGGUCGACGAACUCGUCAAGCAGAUGCAUGAGUUUCAGCAGAAACUGGGAAUUAGCCAAUCAUCGUCUGUCCCACUGAACAAAACGACCAAUGAGAGGGACCAGCUACUGCAAGCACUGGAAAACAAAGAGGCUGAACUGAACACCUCGCAAGCGAACCUGGCGCACCUUGUACAGCAAUCCGCCAAUUUAAUCCAGAACUUUAAGGAGGAAAUCGCCAACCUGACCCGAGACCUUAACAACUGUAGAGGCGUCCUUGGUCUCCAAACAAGCAAUGUCAGCCAGUCCACAGGUUGUCCCUCGGACGAUGGCGCUGUUGCAAAUAUUCGUUUAUUGUGUAACCUUACAGGAAGCUACAUGUACAGUGAUCCGACGUCAGGAGAUUACGAUUACAACAAACGGAACAGAACAUUCUACCUCGCCUCCCCUGACUUCCGCCCCGCUCCCGCCUACUGUGUCAGGUUCUGGUACAACAUGUACGGGGCAGACACCAAAUCUCUCCUGGUCUACGCCAAGGUUGGUUCAGGUCUUGGUUAUCCCAUAUGGCGUAGCUAUGGCAACCAAGGACAAACAUGGCAUCUUGGCGAGAUCAACGUAGACCCUGAAUUCACAGGACAUCCUUUCAAGGUGGUGUUUGCAGCAAUGACUGAUGCCUACAUGGUCAGAUGGUCAUUUCACCCAUUCUACCAUUCACGCAACACACGAGAAAACAUAGCGAUCGACGAUGUAUACGUGUACAACACAACGUGCAAACAUAUCCCCACCUGUCAACCGGGAGCAGUAACACGGAGGGGAGCUAACUCUUCCUCGUGCUACACUUUCCACACAACUCCUAAACCCUGGUACAAGAGUGCUGAGGCCUGCCGGCAAGAGGGCGCCACCUCACACCUGGUGGCGAUCACAUCUAAGGAAGAGCAGGACUUCCUUGUGAGCACCAUCAAACUAAGUGCUGUGUUGAAUGCAGCUGGUAGCAAUGGCUGGUACACAACCGGAAAUGACGAAAGAUCCGAGGGCCAUUUUGAUUGGACAGACACCGGCACUCCCUACCAGAGUGCGUACAGCGACUGGCAUCAGGGACAGCCCAACAACGUUGCCAACGACCAGGACUGUCUACUGCUUCAAUACGCUAACGCCAACUACGAAUGGGGAGACGUCGGAUGCGACGAGGCCCACCCCUAUAUCUGUGAAGUAGACCUGCCUGUAGUUUAAGGCAACACAGUUAAUGUACCAGUAUAUCUACAUUGUAAUUACUCAGACACAAUGUAACAGUAUGUCUACAUUCUAAUUACUCGGACAUAUUGCAACAGUAUAUCUACAUUGUAAUUACUCGGACGUAAUGUACCAGUAUAUCUACAUUGUAAUUACUCAGACACAAUGUAACAGUAUAUCUACAUUGUAAUUACUCUGACAUAAUGUAACAGUAUAUCUACAUUGUCAUUACUCGGACAUAAUGUAACAUUAAAUCUACAGUGUAAUUACUCGGACAUAUUGCAACAGUAUAUCUACAUUGUAAUUACUCGGACGUAAUGUACCAGUAUAUCUACAUUGUAAUUACUCAGACACAAUGUAACAGUAUAUCUACAUUGUAAUUACUCGGACAUAAUGUAACAGUAUGUCUACAU